GCUGGGACCCGGGGGAGGCCGCAGAACAAGGAGCUGGGCUGAGCCGCGCCGACUGCCCCGAGGCCCGGCCCGGCGCCCGGGAGGCCGGAGCCAUGGGCGAGACCAAGAUCAUCUACCACCUGGAUGGGCAGGAGACGCCGUACCUGGUGAAGCUGCCGCUGCCCGCCGAGCGCGUCACCCUGGCCGACUUCAAGGGCGUGCUGCAGCGACCCAGCUACAAGUUCUUCUUCAAGUCGAUGGACGACGAUUUCGGAGUGGUGAAGGAGGAGAUCUCUGAUGACAAUGCCAAGUUACCCUGCUUCAAUGGCCGUGUGGUGUCCUGGCUGGUGUCCGCUGAGGGCUCACACCCAGAGCCAGCCCCCUUCGGUGCUGACAACCCAUCAGAGCUGCCACCGGCCAUGGAGCGCACAGGGGGCAUUGGGGACUCCCGGCCCCCAUCUUUCCACCCUCAUGCUGGUGGGGGCAGCCAGGAGAACCUGGACAAUGACACAGAAACAGACUCCUUGGUGUCUGCCCAGAGGGAACGGCCACGCCGGAGGGACGCCCCCGAGCACACAACCCGGAUAAAUGGAACUUCAAAGGGGGAGCGGCGGCGGGAGCCAGGGGGAUAUGACAGCUCAUCCACCCUUAUGAGUAGCGAGUUGGAAACCACCAGCUUCUUUGAUUCCGACGAGGAUGACUCCACCAGCAGGUUCAGCAGCUCCACGGAGCAGAGCAGUGCCUCACGCCUGAUGAGAAGACACAAGCGGCGGCGACGGAAGCAGAAGGUGUCACGGAUCGAGCGGUCCUCGUCCUUCAGCAGUAUCACGGACUCCACCAUGUCGCUUAACAUCAUCACGGUCACACUCAACAUGGAAAAGUAUAACUUCUUGGGCAUCUCCAUUGUGGGCCAAAGCAACGAGCGUGGUGACGGAGGCAUCUAUAUCGGCUCCAUCAUGAAGGGUGGGGCCGUGGCUGCUGACGGACGCAUCGAGCCCGGAGACAUGCUGUUACAGGUAAACGAGAUCAACUUUGAGAACAUGAGUAACGACGACGCAGUCCGGGUGCUGCGUGAGAUUGUGCACAAGCCAGGGCCCAUCACCCUGACUGUAGCCAAGUGCUGGGACCCCAGUCCACGUGGCUGCUUCACACUGCCCAGGAGUGAACCCAUCCGGCCCAUCGACCCUGCGGCCUGGGUCUCCCACACCGCAGCCAUGACUGGCACCUUCCCUGCCUACGGCAUGAGCCCCUCCCUGAGCACCAUCACCUCCACCAGCUCCUCCAUCACCAGCUCCAUCCCUGACACAGAACGCCUAGACGACUUCCACCUGUCCAUCCACAGUGACAUGGCUGCCAUUGUAAAAGCCAUGGCCUCCCCUGAAUCCGGCCUGGAGGUCCGCGACCGCAUGUGGCUCAAGAUCACCAUCCCCAAUGCGUUCAUCGGCUCGGAUGUGGUGGACUGGCUAUACCACAACGUGGAAGGCUUCACUGACAGGCGGGAGGCCCGCAAGUAUGCCAGCAACCUGCUGAAAGCCGGCUUCAUCCGCCACACGGUCAACAAGAUCACCUUCUCCGAGCAGUGCUACUACAUCUUCGGCGACCUCUGUGGCAACAUGGCCAACCUGUCCCUCCAUGACCACGAUGGGUCCAGUGGCGCCUCUGACCAGGACACGCUGGCCCCUUUGCCCCACCCUGGGGCUGCUCCUUGGCCCAUGGCUUUCCCGUACCAGUACCCGCCGCCUCCGCACCCCUACAACCCACACCCUGGCUUCCCAGAGCUGGGGUACAGCUAUGGUGGGGGCAGCGCCAGUAGUCAGCACAGUGAAGGCAGCCGGAGCAGCGGCUCCAACCGCAGCGGUAGCGACCGGCGGAAGGAGAAGGACCCCAAGGCCGGGGACUCCAAGUCAGGCGGGAGCGGCAGCGAGUCGGACCACACGACGCGCAGCAGCCUGCGGGGGCCCCGGGACCGCGCGCCCAGUGAGCGCUCGGGCCCAGCGGCCAGCGAACACAGCCACCGCAGCCACCACUCGCUGGCCAGCAGCCUGCGCAGCCAUCACACGCACCCGAGCUACGGGCCCCCCGGCGUGCCCCCGCUCUACGGGCCCCCAGUGCUGAUGAUGGCCCCGCCGCCUGCGGCCAUGGGGCCCCCAGGGGCCCCCACAGGCCGCGAUCUGGCCUCUGUGCCCCCCGAACUGACCGCCAGCAGACAGUCCUUCCGCAUGGCCAUGGGAAACCCCAGUGAGUUCUUCGUGGAUGUGAUGUGAGCAGGGCCCCUCCCCACUUCCACCCCCACCCCGGCCGCCUGUGCCCCUCUCACCCACCGUCCGUCGUUUUUUACUUUGUCUGGUACCUGAAAGGGAAAUAAAUGGAAGGAAAUGACGGCGCGCUAACUGUUCAAGGGACGCACUGAGGGCGGGGUGCACCCACCGAUCGGCUUGGUACCCACUAACCUGCCUCUGGCCCCAGCUUGAGCUCUUGGCCCACUGACCGCUGAGCAGGAUUUCCGGGAUCCUUCGUGCCCUGGGCUGCUGUCUCCAAGUCCCCCAGACUUGCCGGUGCCACCCUUAAUCUGGCCCUCACACAUACACACUUAGGAACUAACCCUAGCAGCCCUUGGAGGCCUCUCAGCCCCUCGUCCCCUCCCGUCCCCCUCAGUUCCAUUUCCCCAUUCAUUCAGCCCUGUCAUCCCUCUGUUGACCUAACCCCUCCAGCACUGUGCAAACUCGACUUUGUCCAGCAGCAUCGCUUCCCCUCCCCCCGGACAUUCACUGAGCCUGCCUGCCUUAACUGUCCAUUGCCUGUGCCUCAUCAGUCCUGCACCCUGGAGCCGGAGCCAGUUCCAGUAACCAUCCAUGCCAUCCCUGCCUAUGCCCAGCCCUGACCAGAGGCCCAGAGGGCCCCUGAGCUGCCUGCGUGGCACCCACCCGCCCUGUCCCUGCUGUGUCUGGCCUGCGUGCUGGUUCCUUCAGACCCCUAACCCUACUAACUGGCAGGCCUGUCUCACCUCUGGGCCUGAAACAUUUCUUUUCUUUCUUUUUCCUCCCCCAAUUUUUCCUGGGUCUGGAGCAGCCAAGAAUUUCGGGCUGUUUGACUUUCUGUGAGCCCCCUGCAAAGGGAGGCCCAGCCUCCGAGGAGACCAGGAGCCCUGCUUGAAGAGCCCCUCAGGGCUCCCCAAGGAUAUCUAGCCCCCACACCUAUACUUCACCAUUGAGUUAUUAGGCUUCCUGUGGAGGGCCCCAGCCUCUCACACACAGUCACUCGUGAGAGACUAUGCUUGCCUCUCCAGAGAUAGUGUUCUCUCUCUCUCUCUCACACACACGCACACACAUGCAACGCACACGCACACACACACGUGCCUAUGCAAGUUCACUCAGCCUCAGGGCUGGUCCCUGCCCAGAGGGCUGGAUCUCUCUCUCCCAGUCCUCUCUCAGGUUGUGGGGCUGGUCCCCUGACUUCCUGCUCCCCUUCCUUGUACUCCUCAAGCCUUCCACAGUUGUCCUCACCAUCUUCCUACCUGGAUAAAACCCAUAAGCUGGUUCUCAGGCUGGGCUCAGCAGAGGCACAGACCAUUCUCACACAUACCCCUCCCUGUUUUCACAUUUGCGAUGACACCCCAGAGCCAGGACACAGGAGCUCACAGGCCAGUUGAGGUUGGGCAGGGGGACUUCUGGGACUUCCAGACAGAGUGCCAGGUUUUUUUUUUUUUUUUUUUUACCUUAUUCUUCACUUUAACCAAGUCAUGACUGCUAUAAAUUCUCCUGGCUCACCUAGGCUCACUAAGGCAUCCAUAUUUUCAGGGCUGAGGUAUCAAGAGUAAGAUGAAGUCCUUGGUUCCAGGCUUUGGGAUGAACCAAAUGCCAGGCAUUUUGGCAUUCAUUCACUCAGCAAAUACUUCCUGGGGCUUUGGUAAGCAGAGUGCUGUGCUGGAAGUGUGACUCAGUCUUGCUCACCCUCUGGGAGCUCUGGGUUCACUCUCAACUCAGUCCAUGGCUUCCUGUUGAUGCCACUGCGGGGCUGUCUCCUGCACUUCUCUGCCCUCUCUGACUGCCUGUCCAACUCUUAAGAAUUCCUCUGCUGUUGCUCAUGCCUUCAGUGUCAGUGCCCCCUGCUGUUCUAUCUUUGGUCCACUUCUUUUUCCUUUCUAUAAGACUCCCCAAAUGGCCUCAUCCAUCAUUAUGUCUUCAGCUGCCACUGAUAUGCUGGUGAUUCCCAGGUAUAUAUCCCCAUCCCCAACUUCUCCCCUCAUCUUUAGGUCCAUAUUUUUAUUACCCAAUGGACAUCUCCACAGACAUAUCCAUGUGGACUCAACAUGUCAUCUUUCCCGCCAAGUGUGUUCCUCCUGAAUUCCAAUCCUGGUUACUUUCAUCACAAUCUACACAGGUUCACAAACUAGAAACGUUUCUGGGUUUUAAUUCCUUCCUCCCAUGUCUUACCAGUCAGCAUAUCAUAUCCAUUCCAUUCCAACAAUCGUUCCUGAAUUUGGCCCUUCCGCUCCCGUCUGCCUUUACUUAUUUAGUUUGUUGGACCACGGAAUUUGGAAUCAGGUUGUUCUGGGUUUGAAUUCCAGCUCUACUACUUUUUGGUUGUGUGAUCUUAGGAAGGCUGUUUAACCUCCCUGAGCCUCAGUUCCCUUGUAUGUAAAAUGACAAUAAUAAUACCUACCUCACAGGGUUGUUGUGAGGAUUUAAAUUAGAUAUUGUACGAAAAGUGCCUGGCACAGUACCUGGCACACAGUAGAAUAGGUGCUCAAUAAAUGGUGGUUAUUAUAAUUACUGCUA